CCCAUCCAUAUGUCUUCUCUUUUUCUUAAUUUGUAGAGGACAAACAGGAAGGGCUGUGAUCCCAAACUGAAGGAUGAGUCCAAUACUAUAAAUCACCUCAGAUUUCAAGUACAGCUGCAGCAAACAGGCAAAACCCAAAAUGAUCCAUACUUAGAGGACAGGCUAAGUGAUAUACUACACCAAGGCCAUUUGUUCAAGGUGCGUCCUUUAUAGGCUUGUACAUGUUCAAGCUGCCAAGUCCUUACUAAACCUACAUGAAUAUGGGAGAACUACUGAGGACUCAACAAAGUUAUUAAGGAGCAUGGAUGCUCUAGUCAGAGAGGAUGAAGAUGAAGGUCAUGUUGCGGAGGCAGACAGUGGGGCUUAUCUGUCUGUUAGGUCAAACAAAGAUGAUGUGGAUAAAAGAUGUAACAGCAAACUCCCAGUGACAAACUUGUCGUGCAGUACAACAACCAGUGAGAUCCAGAGAAAAGAGGAGCCUUUGUUCCAUGUUGAAGAGAAGAGAUUCAUGAUCUACAUAUGCGGUGGAUACAAAGAUACAGCUGAAGAAAGAAGUGCACUCAUGGAGAACAUUUAUCCCAGACUGUACUUGUACUGUAAGCAGAGAGGCUACGACUUCAGGAUGGUUGACCUCCGCUGGGGGGUAGGAUCACCUGUUGCUGAACGCCACGACACUGUAGAGCUGCAUGUGGAGAAUCUCCGGCAAUGUCAGGAAACCCAGGGUCCAAAUUUUAUUUUGUUUGUUGGACAGAAGUAUGAGGUCCUGAGCCUUCCCUCCACCAUCACCAGAGAAGUCUUUGAGGCCAUAGUGAGAGUGUUGGAGAGAGACCAACAGCAAACGUCCCAGAACAAACCAGUGGAGGACUUUCCUGCCUCGGGCUCACAGUCCAGCAUCACUACAGACAGCAGCUCUGGCAGUUUUGUCCAGGAUUCCAUUUACAGGGAUGAUCGGAAGUUUGGAGAAGAGGCUACAGUCUCAGGACUGCUGAGCCAGAACUCUCACAAGUCAUUUCUAAGAGGGGAGAAGGGCAGACCCAGCCCUGAAGGGAGCCCAGGGGAUUUGGACAAAGACCUAACAUUACUCCAGAGAUGCUACAAGCUGGACGAGAAUUGCCUUCCUCCUGUCUACCGCUUACUUCCCAUCAGCUCCCACCAUCCUGACAUACUGAGCAUGGACGGGGAGCACAGGAGGCAGGCCAGGAAGAACUGGAGCGCUACCUGCCGCAGACUGUGGGGAGUUCUACAACACAGCGCAGUUGAAGCACUUGGACAAGAGGAGGCAUCACUGUUACUUAGAACAGUUCUUGACUGGGAGCUAGAGACAGGCCUGAGGUCUGUAGACAAGGCUCCACCAGAAGAGCACUGCCACUGCUACAACAGACUCAUCCCAGACCUUUACUGCAACCUGAAGGAUGACCAUGCUGCUCAGUAUACUAACCUCCUGGAAGUACGAGCUCAGCUCGAUCCAGUUCUCAGCACAGCACACCACAGAUUUAUGGACCGGCUCCAUGAAAAGCUGCGCCACACCAAUAUUUAUGAGCGUACUGUUGGAUGGGGACGAAGAGGCCUGAACCCCAAACAUAAUGGCUCACUCCAGUUCUACACCAAGCGCAUCUCCUCCCAUUUUCAAAGGACUGUUAUCAGCUCGCUCAACAAAGUAAUUAAGGUCUCCAAAACUCAAGGCUCUUUGGACACAGCGAGGAGAGAAGCUGUCAGAGUGCAGAUACGGGAGGAGAUACAAUAUCACGUCAACUAUGGACUCCAUAUGGGGAAGGGCUGUACUUUGAGGCAAGCUUUCCUAGAUGAUGUGAAGAAGGCAGUGGAGCAGUUGAAAAACAGACCCAUCCUCCUGGUGGGACCACAGGGCUGGGGAAAGAGCACCACCAUGGCUGCAGUAGCACAGCUAGCGCCCUCUUGGCUACCUGGAGCUGUUAAGAUAUUGGUGCACUUCACUGGCUUAACUGGAGAGAGCAGAAACAUUCGUCUGGUCCUGCAGAGUCUUUGUAUCCAGCUGGCUGAAGCCUACAGUCCCCACACACAGCUGUCAGAGGGCCUCCCUCAGCUGAUCAACGAGUUCCACUCUCUGUUGGGCCUGGUGGGAGCAGAGAGAUCCCUGAUGGUCCUGCUGGAUGGGUUAGAUGAACUGUCUGAGGAACAUGAUGCAGACCUCUCCUGGAUCUCAACCCCUUUACCUCCAAAUGUUCACCUCAUCCUAUCUGCAACCACUGACUCUCCCUGUACUCACACUCUGCAGUCAGCCCAUCCCACAGUCCUGUCCCUCCCUCCACUCAGUCCUGAUGACAUCACAGAAGCAUUAGAGACCAAGCUGCGGACUGACCAGAGGUGUUUGCAGGAGCAGCAGUGGCAGCUGCUGGUCCAGGCUUGUCUGUCCUGUCCCUGCCCUCUUUACCUGGAGGCAGCUUAUUCUGAGAGCAGGCUCUGGACCUCCUACUCUUCACAGGUCAGCCUCAGCCUUCCCGCCAGCCUGGAGGGCCUUUACCUUAGCCUGCUGGCUCGUCUGGAGAGAGAGCUGGGGAGGCAGCUGGUGAGACGGGCUGCAUCUCUGAUAUCCAUCUCACGCCGGGGUGUCACCGAAGAGGAGUUACUGGAACUAUUGGCCCGAGAUGAGAAGGUGCUCCAGGAAGUGACCUCAUGUCACUCCUCUCCCAGCUACUCCAGGGUGCCUUAUGUGUUGUGGGCUCGGCUGAAGCGUGACCUCGGUCAACACCUAACUGAGGUCAGGACAGAUAGGACAUGGGUGUACCGCUGGACGCACUGUGAGCUGGGCGAUGUGUGCAUUAAGCACUAUCUAAAAACAGAUGAUUCUCGCAUGGCUGUGCACGCAGACUACGCUGACUACUACAGAGACAAGUCACAACACGCACACAUAUUUCAGCCACUGGCAUGGACGCUGGAUGAGGAAGAGGAUUGUGAAGGUAUGACAAAAAGUUACAGGUUCAAUCUGAGAAAGCUUCACGGGUUACCCUACCACCUGGUCCGCUCCAGCCAAAUCCUGUCCUUCCUGUCUGAAUGUAUUUUCAACUAUGAGUUCCUGUUACAUAAGGCCUGGGGUCUGUCUGUCCUGGACAUCGAGGAGGACCUGAAGAAGGCUGUGCUGCCAGACAACUGUGUGACUGACCCAGGUGACCCACUGAAGUUCAGCUACCUCCAUUCUAUACUGGCUCAGUGCACCCAGUCCUCCCUGCCUGUGUUGCUGCCCUCCUCCACCUGCUUGCUCCCCCCAGGAGGCCUUCAACACACCCUGCUUGCAGGUCAUUUGACCAAUGUGACUGCCUUGGGAGGGGCGCAGAGAGGACCCUUUGCUGUCACCAGUGAAUCAGAUGGCAGCCUGAGGUUUUGGGAUCUGGAGCAGAGGCGGAUCAUCAGGAGCCUGGACCCGGUGGGGGGAGUCGUGGGAGAUUCAAUCACCCUGGGUCUGGAUGAUAGGAUGCUUAUAAUCUGCAUGGGACAAAGUCUGCAGGUGAGAGAAGUUGAAUCCGGGCGAGUUGUGUAUUCAGAAAGUGACUCAGUGGAUGUUCCCAUAGUCACCACGACUUGUGAAGGACAGCUGCUGGUGAUCUUCUAUGAUGGAAGUCAUCGAGUCAAGGUUUUUGACCUGGCUUCCUCCUGUUUUCUGUUGCACUGCACUGACAUUUCCAUGGAGCAUGAGGCAAUCCACAAAGACCGCUCUAUUCUGCUGUCCAACAACUCCAUCAGAGACUACGUCCUCUUUGCCUACAGGUCUGGUUCUGAGGCUGCAGUAUUCAGUGCCAGAGGGGGCGCUGUGUUGUCUGUCCUGUCGGUGCAGCAUGGUGCUGCCUCAAUACAAGCUGUGGAGAUGACUGAAGACUACCUGCUGCUCUUCUGCAGAUACCCAUACAAGAGAGGCAGUGAAAUCAUCCACAUCGAACUCUUCAGCACUGUGUCCUUCCUCUACCUGCGGUCUAUACUGGGCUGCAGCCAGGACUGCAUUUCCCAGGUCUCUGUCAACCAGGCGGGGACUCAUGUCGUGGCCUUUUGCCCCUCCCCUCAUACCGGCAUCACUGAGCUGGUCACCUGGAACCUGGAGACAGAGGACCACAAACAUAUCACUCGCUUCCCUGCAGUACUGACCAAAGGCCUGUGCUUUGAUCUGCGUCUCUGCCUGGGGAUCUGCAGUGGGGAAAAGUACCUUCGCCUGUGGGAUCUGACCUCCAGGAUCAAUGACCAGGCUCUGACCUAUAACAUCCAUAAGCCCAGGAGUGAGGGCACAGAGGAGAUCAUCCCAAUGGGGAAAACCCCAAGGUAUGCUGUGUGCCGCUCUGUGAGAGCUGGGACAGUGUAUGUAUGGAACCUGACCAGACAGCGCUUCGCCUGCCAACCAGUCAGAGUGGAGCACGGCCUCUACAGCAGCACUGAUGUGGUGCUCACCCAUGACUUCAAGCUUUACAUCCUAACAGACAGAAGCAUGGACGCCCCCUCACAUCCAUUCAAGACUCUCCUGGUGUAUGAUUUGAUUAAGCGGAGCUAUGUGAGGAGACAGACUGGGAUCACAGUUAUUCCCUGUCCUCAGCAUGAGUACCGUCUCCUGGAGGAUGGGCAGACUCUUUUGGGUCUCUCAGACACCAGAGAUCAUCUGAUCCUUUGGGAUCUGGACUCUGGCUCUAUCAAACAUGAGAUCAAACCAUCCCACAGAGAGUCGCUCCUUUGCAGCAGCUCUGUCCAACACCUGCAGCCUGAUGUGACACCACGCAGAGAGACAACAUUGAUGCUGUGGGACAUUCGAACAGAGAGCCAGUCUGCAAAGAAGAGGAGGCUGGAGAGAGAGGCACAGAGGGAGAGAGAAGCAAAAAGGAGGCUGGACAGAGAGAAAUACAACUCUAUACACCAAUACCUCCUCAGCGGAGGUGAACAGGUGGUGGUGUGCUCUUAUUUUGCUCACCACCUUAACGUCUUCAGCAUGGUAUCACAAGAACACCUCCACACAUUGGAGGAUAAACCAUCACUGCUGAGCCUCCACACUGCAGCUAUUACUUACACCGGCAGCCACCUGGUGCUGACCAGCUACAACCGAAAGCAGAGGACCCCCUACAUCACCCUGUGGGACCUGCACACAGGAACGGUGAGAAAGAGACUGAGCAGUGAGGGUGGAGUUUGCUGUGUAGCUAUCACAGACAGCGCAGACAGAGUGGUCUUUGGGGCCACAGGAAGCAACAGACUGAAGGUGUGGGACCCCUUCAGGGGAAAGUAUAAGAGCAUCAGUGGGUAUGGGAACCUGACGAUAGAAGUCUCCAGUAAGCUUCACGUUACAGAGGGAGGAAGCAGAGCCAUCCUGCUGUCAGGACAGCUGAGCCUGUGGGACCUGGAGGCGUGUAGCGUCUUGUCUGUGCUCUCCCUGGAUGCACAUGUCCACUGUAUGAGGCUGCUUCCUGGAUGCCAGGUUUCCAUCCUGCUUGGUCUAAGCCACAGCCCCACCCUCAUCAGCGUCAGGGCAACAUCCAGGACUGUCAGCUCAGCAACUCAAGUCCCUAAAGAUGAAGACCUGUUUGGAGAGUCCAGCAGCAGUGAGGAAGAGGAGGAAAACUCCUGAAAAUUCAACGUUUUAUACCUCCUUAUAUAUAUAAUAUUUUUGCAGUCCUUGUUGAGCUUUUUAUCAAGUGGUCUCCCUGAUGUGUUUGAAAUUAAUUAUUAUAAUUUGAAUUUCUCUUUAACUAAUCCUCCAAAUUCAAUGUAAAAUCACCAAUUUUUUUUGUUGUGAUUGCAUCCUUUCAGGAUCUCUGUGAGUUGAUCAAAAAAUGUAUCACUUGCUGAAGGGGGUCUGUAUGCACAGAUGAUAAUGAAUGACAUUUGCUGGGACUGUUUGUUAUUUUAGUUGCAGUGUUUACUACUUUGAACACAAUGCGUUCAUGUUCAAUGCAAUUUAACAAUUGAAUUUUCACAUAUAUCACAUUCCCAAAGGUCUGUCUCAUCGAAAACACUGACAUCCCAGAAACAUAAAUGCGCUGCUAAAAAAAAUUAAGGGAACACUUAACUGUCACGGUAAAACACCAAGUGAGUUAAACUUCAGGGAUAUCAUUCUGUCCAUUUAGGAAGCACAACUGAUUGUGAAUCAGUUUCACCUGCAGUCCAGUUGUCUACAAUAUAGCACUUAAGAACAGCUGCAAUGGUGAGGCAAAAGUAAGACAACACCCCAAAAUUGGGGGGAAAUUGUUUUUCAUGUGGUGGCCACAUCUUUCCUGACUGAUUCUUCUCUAGUUUUGUUUUCUGCUAGUGUCCUUGUAACUACUGGUAGCAUGAGGCGGUACCUGCAGCCCAAUCAGGUUGCACAGGUAGUCCAGCUCCUCCAGGAUGUCACAUCCAUACGUGUAGUAGCAAGAAGGUUUGCUGUGUCUCCCAGCACAGUCUCAAGGACAUGGAGGAGACACCAGGAGACAGGUUGUUACACGAGGAGAGCUGGACAGGGCUGUAGAAGGGCAUCUACCCAGCAGCAGGACCAGUAUUUGCUCCUUUGUAUGAGGAGGAACAGGAGGAGCACUACCAGAGCCCUGAAAAAUGACCUCCAGCAGGCUACUGGUGUGCAUGUUUAUGAUCAGACUGUCAGAAACAGACUCCAUAAGGGUGGCUUGAGGGCCCAGCAUCCUCUAGUGGGACCUGAGCUCACAGCCCAGCACCGUGCAGCACAAUUGAUAUUCACCAGAGAACACCAGAAUUGGCAGGUCCACCAGUGGCACGCUGUUGUCUUCACAGAUGAGAGCAGGUUCACAGCGAGCAUGUGACAGGCAAUAAAAAGUCUGGAGACGCCAUGGUGAAUGCUAUGCUGCCUGUAACAUCAUCCAGCAUGAUCGGUUUGGCAGUGGGUCAGUGAUGGUCUGAGGAGGCAUAUCCUUUGAGGGUCACACAGACCUCCAUGUCAUAGCCAGCGGUACCUUGACUGCUGGUAGGUACCAGGAUAAAGUCCUCAGAGCAACUGUCAGACCUUACGCUGGUGCAGUGGGCCCUGGAUUCCUCCUGGUGCAGGACAACGCCCCGCCUCAUGUUGCCAGAUUGUGGAGGCAGUUCCUGGAUGAUGAAGGCACUGAUGCCAUUGACUGGCCCUCUUGAUCCUCUGACCUAAAUUCAACUGAGCACCUAUGGGACGUUAUGUAUCAGUGUGUCCAAUGCCACCAAGUAUUCCCCAGGACACCAUCCACCGACUCAUCAGGAGCAUGCCCCGACAUUGUUGGGAUUACAGACAUGCACACUGGGGUCAUACACACUACUGAGCCACAUUAUGAGUUGCUGUGAUAAAAUUCAUGCAGGUUGGAUCACCCUGUGAUUUCAAUUUGUUACUUUGAUUUUCGGUGUGAUUUUGAACCCAGCCCUCAGUGGGUUGAUGAUUUUGGUUUCCAUUGACCGUUGUUACAUCAUUUUGUUCUCAACAAAUUAUACAAUGUACAUCAGUAAAGAUUUUCAACUUGAAUAAUUCAUUCAUUAAGAUCUAAUGUGUGAUUUAUG